UGCCUACAAAUGCCAUCAACCAGCGAUAAUACAAACCUUGAUCAAACAUUGCCAAUGACUAUGGGUGAUUUCUACGAUUCACAUCUUGAAAGCUUGACAGACGAUUCUGGUCUUUUCUGCAGUGACUUAAGUCUGCAGGCAACGUCUACGCCUCUGCGAUCCUCUUUACAACCUUAUAUCAUUCCUCCAGCCAACCUUGCCCCCGUUCCCAAUCCAUAUGCAGACCUCAGCAUGAAGAAUCCAGCUGAGGCUUCAGUUCCUGUGACGUCGCCAGUUGUGUUGAAAACAUCACCACCUACUCCAACUUCGUUCAAACGUGCAAUGCGUGAUGUGCAACGGCAGGGAUUUCUUCAACCUAGGAAACUUUUGGCCAACAGAGAGGACCAAUACUGCAUACAAUAG